UACAUAAAUGAAACGCCGCAGUUACAUUUCAACGUUUCAAGCAUUCGGACACAGCGAUCGAAAAUAUCCGCGCAUCGAUGUGUCCAUGUCGUACGUAUUUGUCGCGUGACUUUACCGCCAACCAAUUCGAAAUCACGUAAUAUAUAUAUUUUUUUUCACUCGACAAAUGUGACUUGGAAAAAAAAAAUUUAUAAUAUUUAAUUUUUUUCCAAUUUUUGUUUCACUUUGGUUUAUUUUUACCAUGUUUUUUUCGGUUGUUCGGUUCAGUGUUGAUAUUUUACGUUUACACAAAUUAUUCCAAGCUGCAGCGGAGCUGAUUUCGAUACAAAUCAACCUCGAUUGCGAUCAAGGAUCCCAGUGUUUAUCCAGAUAGUUCUCGCGAUCCGGUAAUGAUUAAAAUAAAUUCGCGACGACGUGCGUCAUUUAAGUAUCGAAAGUGAAUUUUUUUUUCAAUAAUAAUACGAGUAAUAGAGCCCUACUAAUAGAGCUCGAUCGACGCGUGUGUGUAUAAUUUUCGUAACGUUAUAAUUUUAAUUUUACAGUGUCGCAAUUAUCGACUCGCCUAUAUUAGUAAUUAAUUAAUUGCCGCUGUUUUUGUUCGAGUCAGUAUAAUUUUUUUUCGAUUCGAUAUCGAGUCCGUUAACAUUUUUUUUUUACCAUUGUGUUGGGGCAACAAGGAGCAGCGUCCUGAGCCCUGAUUUUGGCAACGAAAAGAAGAAAAUUUUCGAGGUGUUUUUUUCUAUAUAUUUUUUUUUCGUUGUUGUUGUGACGUGAUUGCGCUAUACGCGAGUGACUAUUUUCUGGUUAAUGAGCUUGAUAUUUGGGCCGAUUUUUUAUCGGCUUAAAGCUAAUAACCAAACGAUAUCCUGGAACGAUAGAAAUGCUAAACGGUUGGCCGGUAUUUUCGGCCUGCCGCUGACUGCGCUACUGGAUGCGUCUCCAUUCGUCUUCGUUACCAAAGCUUGCCGUUUUUGUCAACUUGGUUUGCCUUUUUAUGAUCUUAAAGUCAGCUUGUUGUGUUAGACUGUACAACGAUUGCAGUAGCCAGAAUAUAGCAGUAGAUCGCAAAGGACGUGUUUACGCUCGAGACAAUCCUUCACAGGUUUACCAAAACUUUACCAUUAUAUCCAAAGAUUUUACCGGAAAGUUGGCCAUAUUCGCCGAAGAAUCUCGAAGAUACCUGUGUUUCAAUAAAAAGUGGAGACUGAUUGGGUCGAAAAAAUAUCGCGGGAUCACUUGCCUAUUUAAGGAAGAAAUGCUGGAAAACGGAUACACCAGAUACAGAACAGCAGCGGUAGCCGAUGGUAACGAAACCAGGUACAUUGGCUUCAAUAAAGAUGGCAAGUUCAUGAAAGAAACCAGAUUAGCCAAAGUACCGCAAACCCUACAACGAUGUUUGUAUUUCCUAAAGCUCGACACGUACGACGUGAACGAUCAUAACAAAAGGGUAGCCGGUUUAAAAGACGACGUAGACAUAACUGCGAAAUUACACCACAUAAGGCUGCAAAAUUCCAAUAAAACCUCGCAGAAUGUCAACGACCUACCCUACGCCUACAGACAUCCCUCCAAUCAUAAGUUAAGGCAUAAAAACCACCACCAUCAGAAUAUCAACGAAAUAACCUGAUUUUUUAAACUCUAGUAUAGCUUUUUCGCUUUUUUUGUUUUAUAUUUUAUAACUAUUCUAUUUCUUUUUUUUUCGUACUUGAAUUUUUUUUUCUCUUUUGUAAAUAUGCACAUACGUAACUUUUUUUUUUUCAUAUUCCUUUUGUGAAUUUGUGUACAGAAAAAAAACAUACCUAUUAUGUUGUUUUAUACGCGUGCAUUUUUUUUUGUGUCCAUAUUACCUUUAAUAUUAUAGUACGUCUUAUAUCAUUUUAUAGUAUGUCUAUAGAAUAUCGUAGUACAAGUGCGAGUAUGCUUGCCAAAAUGCGAAUGCGAUUAUUAUCGAUGCUUGUGCGUGUGUAUGCCUGCCUUUUUUUUUUCGUUUUGUGUCAUUGUUGUGUGCGUAUUUUUGUCGUAUGUAGUACUAGUAGUGCGUUGAAAUCACGCGUAUUCGAAUUUUUGUUUCUUCUUUUUUUUGUAUUCGCGCUAAGACUGAUCAGACACCAAUUACCGAGCUAUUGCGAAUCGCUGUAAUCUUUUAGAAAAGAAAAAGUAAUCGGAUCGUACCCUGUAAGCCUUUUUUUCUUUUAGUAUAGUCUUUUUAUCAAGCUUCGUAGAAUAUCUAUACUUGGACCUUUUUCCUCUACACAUGAAAAAAUUGAUUCCCUCGUCAACAAACCGUAAUUUCUCUUCCUUUGAUCAAUCACGAUUCAAAUUCAAUUUUUUGUCGUAUUGAACUUCUCAUGAAAACUUUUUAAAUUAGGAUUCGUGUAUAAUAAAUCAUUACAAUGUGCUGGAGUUUGGAGCAAAAAGCUGAUUUUGAAUAAUUUUUUUUGGGACACCCUGUGUAAUUUGAAUAAUUUUUUUGGGACACCCUGUGUAAAUAUGUCAUUGGUCUGCUUGAAAAUCACUGCUACGCUGAUGCGUGUAUUAUUAAAUCUGAUGGAAAUCAAAAUUUACCACAAUUUUCAAACGAUUCGUCACUAAAAUUAGUUAUAGUUCGCGAACGAUUCACUUUGGAGAAUGAUUCAUUGUUCACGAAUGAUUCUUCAUGGUGUACCUACAAAUAACUAAUCGGUUUGAAAACUAAUGCUUCUCGUUCAAGAACGUAUCCAAAUAAAAAUGAAUCGUCAUUCGCGAACGAUGAAUCAUUUUCGAAGUAAUCGUUCGCGAAUGAUUCUUCAACAAAUUGAACUGUACAAAAAAGAAUGAUAACGAUAGUUUUUAAAAAUGCAAAAUGAUUUUCGAUUAAAACCAAUUUUCAUCUGCGAACGAUUCGCCAUUAUAUUAUUCAUCGUUCGCGAACGAUUCAUUCACGAAAAAGUUCAGUUCACUUGACUGAUGAAUUUUGAAAAACAAUUCGUCGUUCUUUAAUGAUUCAUUAUGAAAAUAAAUCAUCGUUCACGAACGAUUCAUUGUGGAAAUAGUCCAAUGUGCUUGAAAAAUGCAACUGUCGUUCGUGAACGAUUCAUCACAAAAAUCAGUGAUAGUAAUAAUUCGUAAAAUGAUUCUGUACGAGGAUCGAGCAUCAUUCGCGAACGAUUCAUUAAAAAAAUUACCGUUCACGAACGAUUCAUUCUAAAAAUGGUUCAGUGUGUCUGUCUGUGUAUAACUCACUCCACACAUUUAAAAAUGAUUCGUCGUUCUAAAGUAAUUCAUGAUAAAAAUUAAGAUUCGUUCGCGAACGAUUCACUAUGAAUUAAAUGACCCAGUGCAUAUCACAGAUUGCAAAAUGAAUCAUCAUUCGCGAACGAUUCAUGAUGCAAGUAAACCGGAGUGCUUGAAAGACCAGGUCAGAAAAUGAUUCGUUCGCGAACGAUUCAUUCCGAAAAUGAUUCGUAAUAAGAAUGAAUUUUCGUUCGUGAACGAAUCAUUUCGAAAAUGACUUGAUGUUCGUGACAGAUAAGUUCAGAAAAUGAUUCGUCGUUCAUGAAUGAUUUUUUUUCUGAAAUAGAAACAUCGUUCGCGAACGAUUCACUGAAAAAUAACCCUGUACAUGCAUUAAAAUGUAAGUUCGUAAACUAAUUCAUCGUUCGUGAACGAUUCUUUACGAAACACAAGUAUUGUUCACGAACGAUUCACUCUGAAAAUGAUUCCGUACACAUGAGAAAUGAGUUCAGAAAAUGUGAUUUUUCUAGAAUACAGGUAUCGUUCGCGAACGAUUCACUCUGAAAAUGAUUCAUUACACAUGACACAUAAGUUCAUAAUGAUUCAUCGUUCGCGAAUGAUUCUUCUUGGAGUAGAAGACUCGUUCACGAAGGAUUUACUCUAAAAAUCAUGAAACGUUCAUUCCGAAAAUGAUUCAUUGUUGUCGAACGAUUCAUUUAAAAUUUCCUCUUGGAACAGAAGAAUCAUUCGCGAACGGUUCAUUCUGAAAAUGACUCAGUGCUCAUGAUAGACGAGUUCAGAAAAUGAUUCGUCGUUCGUGAAUGAUUCUUUUUAAAAGACAACUAUCGUUCGCGAACGAUUCACUCCAAAAUUGAUUCAGUAGUACGUAUUCCUAAUCUAACAGUCGAGUUCAGGAAAUAAUUUGUCGUUCAUGAAUGCUUCUUUUUUAAAUGAGAAAAUCGUUCGCGAACGAUUCACUUGAAAAAUGAUUCAAUACACAUACAGAUGAUAAGCUCGGAAAAUGAUUCAUCGUUUGCGAAUAAUUCUUUCAAAAUACUUUUCGGAAUGGAAAAAUCGUUCGCGAACGAUUCACUCUAAAAAUGAUUCAAUUCAAUACACACGACAGACAAGUUUGGAAAAUGAUUCAUCGUUCGCGAAUGAAUCAGUCUGGAAAAAUAACCCGGUGAACCCGAUUGUCAGAUACAGAAACUGAUUCGUCGAUUCUUUCUGAAAUACAAGUAUCAUUCGCGAACGAUUCACACUGAAAAUGAUGCAAUGCAAAUGACAGUCAAGUUCAGAAAAAGAUUCGUCGUUCGUGAAUGAUUUUUCUUGAGAAUACAGGUAUCGUUCGCGAACGAUUCACUCUGAAAGAUGACAGAGAUGAUCCUUUUUGGAAUAGAAGACUCGUUCGUGAACGAUUUACCUACUCUACAGAUCGUGAAAUAUUAAUUUUGAAAAUAAUUCACCGUUCGCAAAUGAUUCUUCCAGAAUACACGCAUCGUUCGCGAAUGAUUCAGUCUGAAAAUUACUUAGUGAACAUGACAGUCAAGUUCAGAAACUGAUUCGUCGUUCGCGAAUGAUUUUUUUUGAAAUACAGGUAUCGCUCGCGAACGAUUCACUCAGAAAAUGAUUCAAUACAAAUAACAGACAAGUUCAAACAAUGAUUCAUCGUUCGCGAACGAUUCUUCCAAAAAUACAAGCAUCGUUCGCGAACGAUUCAGCCCUAAAAAUUAUCCAGUGAACAUGAUAGUCAAGUUCAGAAACUGAUUCGUCGUUCGCGAAUGAUUUUUUUUUUUAGAUACAGGUAUCGUUCGCGAACGAUUCACUCCGAAACUAAUCCCUUGCUUACACAUGACAGAAAUGAUUCUUUUCGGGAAAAAAGACUCGUUCACGAAGGAUUCACCUACUCUAAAAAUCGUGAAAUAUUCAUUUUGAAAAUGAUUCAUCGUUCGCGAAUGAUUCAGUCUGAAAAUUACCCAGAGAGAAUGAUUUUCAAAAUCAGAAACUGAUUCGUCGUUCGAGAAUGAUUCUUUCGGAUAUACAAGUAUCAUUCGCGAACGAUUCACUCUGAAAAUUAUUCAAAACAAAUAACAAACAAGUUCAAACAAUGAUUCAUCGUUCGCGAACGAUUCUUCCAAAAAUACAAGCAUCGUUCGCGAACGAUUCAGUCUAAAAAUUACCCAGUGCACAUGAUAGUCAAGUUCAGAAACCGAUUCGUCGUUCGUGAAUGAUUUUUUUUUUUGAGAAUACAGGUAUCGUUCGCGAACGAUUCACUAUCCCUUACACAUGACAGAAAUGAUUCUUUUUGGAAUAAAAGACUCGUUCACGAACGAUUUACCUACUCUAAAAAUCGUGAAAUUCAAAUAUUCAUUUUGAAAAUGAAUCAUCGUUCGCGAAUGAUUCAGUCUGAAAAUUACCCAGAGAACAUGAAUUUCAAAAUCAGAAACUGAUUCGUCAUUCGUGAAUGAUUCUUUUGGAAAUACAAGUAUCAUUCGCGAACGAUUCACUCAGAAAAUGAUUCAAUACAAAUGACAGACAAGUUCAAAAAAUGAUUCAUCGUUCGCGAACGAUUCAUCCAAAAAUACAAGCAUCGUUCACGAACGAUUCAGUCUAAAAAUUACCCAGUGCACAUGAUAGUCAAGUUCAGAAACCGAUUCGUCGUUCGUGAAUGAUUUUUUUUUUUGAGAAUACAGGUAUCGUUCGCGAACGAUUCACUAUCCCUUACACAUGACAGAAAUGAUUCUUUUUGGAAUAAAAGACUCGUUCACGAACGAUUUACCUACUCUAAAAAUCGUGAAAUUCAAAUAUUCAUUUUGAAAAUGAAUCAUCGUUCGCGAAUGAUUCAGUCUGAAAAUUACCCAGAGAACAUGAAUUUCAAAAUCAGAAACUGAUUCGUCAUUCGUGAAUGAUUCUUUUGGAAAUACAAGUAUCAUUCGCGAACGAUUCACUCAGAAAAUGAUUCAAUACAAAUGACAGACAAGUUCAAAAAAUGAUUCAUCGUUCGCGAACGAUUCAUCCAAAAAUACAAGCAUCGUUCACGAACGAUUUAGUCUGAAAAUUAGCCAGUGAACAUAACAGUCAAGUUCAGAAACUGAUUCGUCGUUCGUGAAUGAUUUUUUUUCGAGAAUACAGGUAUCGUUCGCGAACGAUUCACUCUGAAAAUGAUUCAUUACACAUGGCAGAUGAGUUCAUAAUAUGAUUCAUCGUUCGCGAAUAAUUCUUCUUCGAGUAGAAGACUCGUUCGCGAACGAUUUACUCUGCAAAUCAUGAACCGUUCAUCCUGAAAAUGAUUCAUUGUCGUCAAACGAUUCAUUUAAAAAGAAUAAUCGUCCUAUUGUGCGGUAUUCUCGAAAUUUAUCGAACAUCACAACAUAACGAGAGGGAAUUCCAAAACGAUUUACCCAAACAGAGGGCGUAUAAAAAUUACAAAUCAGAUCCGAUUUCGCAUCGCGAGGUAAUAUCAAUGUCAAUAUAUAGUAACUAAACCUUAAGGUGUUUUUAUUCCUUUGCCUUUUUAUUUGUCUUUUAAACCAUCUUCAUCGUUGUUUUUAUAAAUACACUACUGUUAACAUUAUUAUAAUUAGCGGAAAAAAAUGUGUCGAGUAAACUGUUUAUUUAUUUUCUCACGUUGUUUAUGGUUUACAUGUUUUAUUAAAUUUUAUAAUGUUU